GACCACACCCCCUUGCGUCGUCAGCAUUCCGCUUUGGUCCGACUCCUCGCGUGCCUCCGCCUCAGCUCGGUACCGACUCCGCAUAUAUAAAGACCUCCUCACACGACUUUUCUUCCCUCAACAAAAGUAUCACCUCAUCCAGCUCAACUUCAGCUCUACACUUUCCACAAUGCUCGCUGUUCAGACCUUGCUUGCCUCCUCUCUCAUGGCUUCUACAGCCCUUGCUCACUUUACUCUCGACUAUCCUACCACCCGUGGCUUUGACGAAGACAAAGAGUCCGACUUCUGUGGAGGCUUUACCAGUGUUUCAUCUAGGCAGCCCUUCCCUCUUGGUUCAGGACCGGUCCAUAUCGACUCGCACCACACCCUUGCCACUGUGGUCGCCUUCAUCUCCACCAGCGAGAACCCCUCUUCUUUCGACGACUUCAACACCACCAGCAACGGUACUUCUAUCCCUCUCGCCUCCAGCAUCUUUCAAGUCGCCGAAGGUGAGAGAUGCUUCAACAUUGACCUCGGAAGUCUUGUUGGCCUCACCAACGGUUCCGAUGUGACCUUGCAAAUCCAAUACGAUGGCGUGAGUCCUCUCCUAUUGAUUGAGGAGCAUUAUCUGACGUUGGGUCAGGGUGAUGGCAACUUGUACCAAUGUGCCGACCUUACCCUCAUCGACGGCUACGAAAUUCCAUCGAACGAGACCUGUACCACCGACGCAUCCAAGGCUUCCAACGCUUCCGCCACCUCUUCCGGCGCUGCCAGUGCCACCAGCUCUGCCUCGACCGAUUCUUCUUCCUCGUCCGGGGGUCACAAGGGGAUUGUUGGGUUUGGGAUUAUGAGCGUGGCGAUGGGUCUUGCGGGGCUCACCUUGUUGUGAUGAGGGAUGGUUCCCUCUCGGGGUGUUGAAUAGGUCGCUCAACGGGGUUGAGUUUUAUGCAAAAGUCUAUAAAAUGCUCAUGAUUCUGGGGUGCGGUACCUGAGCCUGGCCUAAUGACUUUGCGCAGGAAGGUUUGCCGUUGGCCUGAACUAAUGAUGAGCUGUCGAUACCCCAUGCACUGCAUGCGUCCUUCG